CUUAGCCACCAACCAUGUCAUACUCUGCCACCGCCAUUCUCUCUGUCUACGACAAGACUGGGCUCCUUGACCUUGCCAAGGGUCUUGUUGCCGCCAACGUCCGUCUCCUUGCUUCCGGAGGUACCUCCCGCAUGUUAAACGAGGCCGGCUUCGCCGUGGAGGACGUUUCAACCAUCACCAACGCGCCGGAAAUGCUCGGCGGCCGUGUCAAGACGCUCCACCCCGCUGUGCACGGCGGUAUCCUCGCCCGUAACCUCGCCUCGGAUGAGGAGGACCUCGCUCAGCAGAACAUCUCCAAGGUCGACUUUGUGGUGUGCAACUUGUACCCAUUCAAGCAGACGAUUGCCCAGAUCGGCGUGACCAUCGACGAAGCCGUCGAGGAGAUCGAUAUCGGCGGUGUGACGCUUUUGCGUGCCGCUGCGAAGAACCACGGCCGUGUCACCAUUCUUUCCGACCCUAACGACUACUGUGUCUUCCUCGAGGAGCUUGCCACCGGUGGCAUCUCCCAGGAGGCCCGCAACAAGUUUGCACUCAAGGCCUUUGAACACACUGCCGAUUACGACACCGCCAUUGCCGACUACUUCCGCAAGCAGUACUCGGAAUCCACCAAGCAGUUGCCGUUGAGAUACGGCUGCAACCCGCACCAGAAGCCAGCCCAGGCUUUCAUUGCCAACGCCGAGAAGCUUCCGUUCAAGGUACUUAAUGGCUCCCCAGGCUACAUUAACUUGUUGGACGCGCUCAACUCGUGGCCAUUGGUCAAGGAGUUGUCCGCUGCCGUGAAGUUGCCUGCCGCUGCCUCGUUCAAGCACGUUUCGCCGGCUGGUGUGGCCGUCGGUUUGCCACUUUCGGAUCUUGAGAAGAAGAUCUACUUUGUGGAAGACAUUGAGAACCUCUCGCCUUUGGCCAACGCCUAUGCCCGUGCCCGCGGUGCCGACAGAAUGUCCUCUUUCGGCGACUUUAUUGCACUCUCCAACGUGGUGGAUCUUUCAACCGCGCAGAUCAUCUCUAAGGAGGUUUCUGACGGUGUGAUCGCUCCAGGCUACGAAGCCGACGCUCUUGCCCUUUUGACCAAGAAGAAGGGCGGCAAGUACUGUGUGCUCCAGAUCGACCCUGACUUCGAGCCAGAGGCCGUGGAGUCCCGUACCGUCUACGGCAUCACCUUGCAGCAGAAGCGUAACGAUGCCAUCAUCCACCCAGCCAAGUCCUUCAACAACAUUGCCUCGGCUUCCACCGCGUUGACCGAGCAGCACAAGAUCGAUCUUGCGAUCGCGACUAUUGCGUUGAAGUACACCCAGUCUAACUCCGUCGCCUACGCCACCAGAGGUAUGGUUAUCGGUUUGGGUGCCGGCCAGCAGUCCCGUAUCCACUGUACCAGACUCGCUGGUGACAAGGCCGACAACUGGUGGUUGAGACACCACCCAAGGGUGUUGGAAUUCCAGUGGAGAAAGGGCACCAAGCGCCAGGACAAGGCCAACGUGAUUGACUUGUUUGUUACCAACCAAGUUCCAGAGGCGGGUCCGGGUCGUGACGAGUGGGAGUCCAAGUUCGCUGAAGGCGCUGUCCCAGCGUUGUUGACCAUCCAGGAGAAGAAGGCGUGGUUGAGCCAGUUGACCGAUGUGGUUUGCUCUUCUGACGCGUUCUUCCCAUUCCCAGACAAUCCAUACAGAUGUGCCGAGUCGGGGGUUAAGGUGAUCUGCGCGCCAUUGGGGUCUGUGAUGGACAAGGAGGUGAUCAAGGUGGUGGAUGCGAAGAAUAUGAUCUUUGUGGAGAAUGAGAUUAGAUUGUUCCACCACUAAAUCGAGCGUGGGAGCGCACGCCGCGGGGUCAAUAACAGCCAGAAACCGAGCGACGCAACUCUCAGCUAUCCGAUACCAGUGCCCUGGGGGAUUGAUUCUACUCAGACGCACGCUAUCCUUUUUGUACUUUUUGUGCUUAUUUAAAGAUUAAUUUACUGUAAAAUAACAGAGUGUAACUGGCACG